AUGAAUUUAACAUAUUGCAACACAACGGUGGAGGAAAUGGAGAUCUCCGAGAUCCCCAUGGCCGGCCCCUUCACAUUCCACGAGUUGGCUCUCAUCGUAUCCGCCGCAACCGCACUUCUUGCCAUGUUCACCAGUUUCUAUUUAAUAUGGAUGCAUGCGUUGAACUACACGAAACCAGAAGAGCAGAAAUACAUCAUCCGUAUCCUUCUCAUGAUACCCAUUUACGCUGCUUCAGCCUUCCUUCAGCUGAGGUACUACCACCAGUCUGUCUACUUCGCAGUCAUUUCCGAUUGCUACGAGGCCUUUGCCAUCUCAUCCUUCUUUGCGUUGCUGUGUCAAUACACGGCGGCCGACCUCCAUUCGCAGAAACAAUUCUUCAGAGAGCUGCAACCCGUCAAACAAUGGGUUUGGCCAAUCAACUGGUUCAAGAAAUGCUGCGGAGGCGAUCGGGGCCCGUGGCGCACGCCCGUUAGCGGUCUUACAUGGUUCAACAUCAUCUGGAUUGGAAUAUACCACUACUGCUUUAUACGUGUCGCCAUGACCAUCACCGCCGUUGUGACCAACAAGUACGACCGCUACUGUGAAAGCUCCAACAGUCCCUACUUUGCACAUAUCUGGGUCGUCAGCGUUAACUGUAUCGCCGUUACUAUCGCCAUGUACUGUGUUAUCCAGUUCUACGUACAGCUCAAGAAUGAGCUCGCCUCCCACAAGCCUUUCCUCAAGGUCUUGGCUAUCAAGGGUGUCAUUUUCCUCAGCUUCUGGCAGACGAUGGCUAUAUCUGUGGGGACUUCCGAGUUCGACAUCAUCUCUCCCAGCGCGAAGCUCUCUUACCCAGACAUAGCAAUCGGUAUACCAUCCCUGCUGUUGUGCAUUGAGAUGUUACUGUUUGCCAUUUUGCACAUAUGGGCAUACCCCUGGCGACCAUAUCGACAGGACGCACCCCCGAUAUUCUACCCCUUGCCGUCCAAGGAUUCGACUGCACCACCACAAGAGAAUUUGCAUAUCCCGCCGGCCGGAGGCGCGGUGGGUUUGAAGGCGAUCUGGGACGCUUUGAACCUAUGGGAUGUCAUAAAGGCGUUCGGUCGCGGCAUGCGUUGGCUCUUCGUGGGGGCUAAGCGCCGCCGCGAGGAUGCCAGCUACCGCAAGAACGCCGACAUCAACAUGGAUGGUAAGGACACGUCAUAUCCCUUACAUCCAUAUGAUCGGGUGCCUGGGGGCAAGAGCACCGACCACUUGCCCAUUGCGACCGAGUUUCGACGAAGUACAUUUGGCAUGAACCAGCAUCCAGGAGCGCAUGGGGGUAUCAGUCCCAUCCAUGAGGAGGGCCAUGAGGAGGGAGCUGGCCUGAUUGCCCACGCCCAAGACGAUCCGUCGAGUAAUCCUCCCCACGAUCCGUAUGACCGUUAUAAAGAAGACCAACCUUACGAGUCCGAUCUAGGAUAUCGAGGAGCUGCGCGAUUCCAGCAAGCGCCCGAAUCCUACGCUUCGCAAACACUUGCUUUCCAAGACCGUCAGCAGCCUGUACAGACUCAUGCGCUUUCCGCCGACGGCUACCACCAAAUGUCGAGUCCAACGAGACAGCAUAUAAGCCCAGACGAGCGAGAUUUCCAGUCAACAGGGUAUGCGGCCGAGCCUGCGCGGCGUGGCCCUGAUAAUACACAACAGGUGGUUGGCGCAGCAUUAUGGGGUGCGAAUCCUCAUCAGCAUCCUGCCGGACCGAUGAUAUAG